UCAUCGAGCCCCGAAUCCUCCCACCUUUACAGAGGAGCUGGAAAGGCGGUCCCAGACCCUUCAUUCAGCACCUUGCCAGGGGGGGCAAUUGUAGGAAAUGAUGAUAUAGGUCAGUGUUUGUGAUGUAUCAGUGCCAAGAUCUUCACCCAAAAACCAUUGACUUUCCAGGACACCUUAACACUGCCGAUUCAGGUUUCCAGCGCGAGGACAAUGCUACCCCAACUCAACCAUCUUCUGGCAAUGAUCCCAAUAUCCAAGCAUAUCUGUCAGACACUGAGAUUACUCGUGGAGGGUCGGAAAAGGUUCCCCCUGUUCCAGUAACCCCCGAGCGAAAGGCGGUUACUGAUUCGACACCGGCUAAAAGUACCCCCCAUAGCAAUCAUAGCAGCAGCUUCAGCUCUACUGCCCUUUUAAAUGACAGGCAGUACAAGGUCGACGAAGCAAAUAAAUACCUCAUCGGGGAUCUCGCUAAUGUCCGGACUCUUCCCGUCAAAGAGUGGUCAUUACUCAGUUUGAACUUGGAUCUUGACAAGGAUACAUACCAAUUAAGUGAGCAGGUCAAGAAAAAAUUCCAAAAUUACUUAAAUGCAGAAACAAAAGCGAAGCGUGAGACGGACCCAGAGCUGUACAAUUCUCUCAUUGCAUUGCUCAACGAAUUGAAGGGAAAUAGCAGGAACAUUGUGUUCUAUAGACAGGAUGUGGUCCCAGUCCGGGGGUCACCUGUAAAGCAAAAACCAGACAUUGGUGCGGUCUUCAAAGAGCUGAUAGGAUCCCGAGACCCACUCGUCCUGGCACAAGCUUCUGAUGAGAAGAUUUUCUGGGGGCUUAUCAUUUUACUGAUCGAAGUAAAACACGAAAAAGGGAAAUUGAUUCGUGACGAUUUUGGAAUCGAUGCGAAGUGGAAGAAAGGGAAGAACAGUGGAAAAAAGCGGGUAAAAGGAGCAGACGAAGCCAGUGGGCGCGCGCCGAAAGCAAACUCAAGGAGCAAGUCUGCCGGCGAUAUCAGUAACGUUCCACCGAAACUAAAAUCCAUGCCGGUCAGCACGAAGGAGUAUCGAAAAAAGCAAAGAGAUACCCAAAAUGUUCCGCUGCCGCCAGACAGAAACACUCCAGAAGGGGUUAGGACCCAAACGGGCGGCUAUGCAUGUGAUAUCCUAUCGACCGGCGUCCUCAGAAGUCACGUGCAUAUCUUCAUUGUUGAUUCCACACUUGUUCGAGGCAUCUUUUAUGACCACUCGAUAAUUGUUGAAUCUGCGGUACUGAACCUUGAAAACGAAGGCGACCAGCUUAUAUUUGCGAAAAUGAUCAAACAAUUGCAUGCCCUUCCCCCAGGAGGCCUAGGACUGAUCCCAGAGCUGGAAGCACCCUUCAUGAAAGAUCCGGCUAGUCUCAAAUAUGGACAGACAUUACCUGAAUUCGAAAAGGCUGAAGGACCGCCUUCGAACGGAAUUUUUCAGAUCGAAGAGAUUGAAGAAGGAUCCAAAUUUACCUUCCCCUACAAGAAUGGAACAACCAGCACCGUUCAGCUCAAGCGCGUUCUCUUUCGUUCCCGUGGUAUCAUCGGUCGAGGAACUAUUGUUGUCCAGGUGGUGUGUGCUUGUACUCACUGCGCUCCCAAUCAAUGCGACUGGAGUGGGAAGAAACUUGUCCUGAAGCUCAGCUUCCCUAGCAUGACUCGAGUCCCUGAACAAGCUUUUAUGGAUCGCUGCAAAGAAAAAGCCAAAGGUGAACAUGCUUGGGUUCUCAACCACUUGCCACAUAUCUACUGGACAUUUGAUCUUCCGUUCGAGGAACGUAGUCCACAGGCUAAUUUCAAAGAAAAGUUCAAAGAUAAGUAUGAGAUGCGUCUUCUACGGGGCUCGAUACAGGAAGAACUACAACCACUUUCGAGCCUGGAGACUGCGCUAGAAUGCGCACAAGUAUUCUAUGAUAUUGUACAAUGUCAUCAUUGGGUCUACACUUAUCCUCAAAUACUUCAUCGGGAUAUCAGCGACGGGAAUAUCAUGAUCCGCGUCAAAGAUGGGAAGAAAUACGGUGUUUUGAAUGAUUGGGACCUUGCAAUUUGGCUGAAUAACCGAGACGGAAUCUCGACCUCGCAAUUUCGAACUGGCACUCGUCCUUACAUGGCGCACGAGCAACAUUCGCCUUCUUGGGUUGGUCCACACCGGUAUCGUCAUGACCUAGAGUCUCUCUUCUAUGUCAUCCUUCUGCUUGCCACCCUUUUCUCCAGCCCUAGUGAAAGGGCUUACAAGUCUCUCGCUGAGGAUGAUGACGACGAGGAUGACGACAAUGAGGACGAGGACGAAGAAGAGAAUGAGAAGGAUGUCAAACUUUCCAAAACCAGCUACCGUUAUGAAACGUGGUAUACUCAGGGAGACGACUUUCUCCAUGACAAGAAAGCCCUCCUCAUUUUAGAUUUCUUAUGGCAACCUAUUCCAACGCAGUUCUUCCGUGACUUCUUUCAUUGGCUGAUGAGACUUCAGCAUUCAUUGAAUGCUGGCUUUGUUGCAUUAGCAGGUCAUAUGGUCCGACAACGUGAUAUGCCGCGACAAAUACCGCACUUCGAUAUCGAUACCUUGAACAGUCAUUUUUCAUAUGAUCGUCUUGUCUCGAUCAUGCAUCAAUUCAGCGAGGAAAAACUUGAGACCCAUGGUCGUGAAUGGCAGGAAAAAUUGCGGGGACUCCAGGAAGACGAGGAUAAGACGAAGAAAUAAUCGGGGACAAGGAGAACGAAGACGUGGUCAGGGAAAAAGGAAAGGAGGAGGAUGACUACUUCUCCUGCCUUUGCGCGGAUUAACUGGCGUUCAACCCUCUUCAUUGUAUUCAUAGUCGUUUCAAUUCUCCAUUUCCGCUAUUUCUUGGAUAGGAUAAGAUUGGAUAUCGGUUGUACAUUAUAUUUAGCUUACGAAA